AUGUCUCAUCAGUCAGAUUCACGCCACCUUAUGGACUCCUGCUUGUUGCAGCUCCAUAGUUGGAGGCCUCUUCACUUCCAAACCAGCACCUCUAAAACCAUAGACUCCGAACCUCAUCUCAGCGCUAACCGAAGGCCCCAUCACUACUCUUCCAAUGGCAUGCACUCCAAGCGACCCUGUCUCUCCGACCGCGCCACCGCCCCAUUCACCCUCGACGCGAUCGACAUGUCCAGAUUGACCUUGUUCGAUGCUGAUAAGCCCAUUGGAGCCGACCGAUAUAAAAUUGGAAGCUACAGCCUCAUCGCUCGGAAGAAGAGGGGCCGCCGCGGCUCCAGGUCUGUGUCGGGUCGGAGCAGCGAUCGGAGCGGAACCCGUAGGUGCUGCUCUGUCGGGGCAUCCGCUGCACAUGGGACGUGUUCUGACUUCCCAGUGGCAAUGGAAACAGAUUCGAGCGGGGAGUUGUUCGGGAAUGGGGAUGCGAAUUGGUCAUUGGAUAUGAGUGAAGCGAAGAAUUCUAAGAGGGACAAGGAGAGAGAUGGUGGGAGUGCAGAGAAGGAGAAUCUGGGCAUUGGAUUUGGGGCAAGUGGGGUUUCUGAUGUUAACGGAAAUGAAUCGGGGUACGAGAGUGAACCAGGUUAUCGCGGGGAUGCCGAGGUUGGAUAUGGGGACGAGCCUGAUGAGGAAGAUGACGAUGCGCGAAUGUUAUUCUGCGGCGAUCAACUAGCAGCGGCUGCACAUUCAAAAGUGGAGACGGCUGGGGAGAAGAACACGUUGUUAGAUCAGAAAUCUCAUCAUAGGUGCCGCCGGAGGAAGCAUGAUUGCAGAAUGGCUGAUGCAUUGAAGUGACCUUGCCUUCUGAUGUUCAAUGUUAUGCUGCCUUGCUGGUUUGAUUUUGAAGGUUGGCUUCAGAGUGUCCAUUUGAUGCCUCUUUUUCUUAUUUUCAUUUUUGGCCAAUUCGCCAAGUCAAAUAUCCCAUCGAUUUCUGCAGAUACACAAGGAGGAUCUGGGUGCGAUGCGGCUUGAUUUUUGUAAAUUAUGUGCAUGCGUGCAUGGGUGUCCUGGAAAAGCGAUUGUUUUAUGAUGUUCAUGUAUGUAUUUAAUAUUUCGGUGAGCAUAAACGUAUGGGUGUGAUUGUGUAAGAAUUUCCACGUUAAAAUAAAAUGCCAUUAUAAUUUAUCAGUUAUUGGAAAGAAGACAAGCGUCAUGUAUUUUUUUCUCUCAAGGUUUUGGGACUUGGAGAGUGAAUAUAAUUAUCAAAAAUAGACAGAAAGAUCAUAUGAUUUCGUCAAUUAACAAAGAAA